GUUUACUGGACGGCUCAGCUGUGACUCCACCCGUUUUACCUCCUCGCACCAUGGGACGGACGGGCAAUAGGGGUGGCCCACCGAACAAUCCCAUCGGAGGAAGUACCAACAGUCAAGGACAAGACAUCGAUCAAGAUUUUGAACCGUCGUGUCUUGCCAGAACUCCUUCGGGUUCAUUGUUCAUUCCAGGUGAUUUGCCAAAAUGUUUGGGACCUUCUCAACAAAAAAGUGAUAUACCCCAUCAUCGUUCCCUCCAAGAUGAUAAAAAUAAUCCAGACAGAUGUCACCUGAGUUACACUCCGACAGCCCCCGUGCCUGUAGUACCCGUCCGUAACAAUGUUCGUCGUCCUGUAUCCAAUCAUUUUGCUCACUCCCGUUUUCAAUUCCGAAAGACGAUAUCCUCUCGUUGCAGCUGGAAAUGUGCGGCGAUAGCUUUCAUCUUUGUAUCACUCGCUCUUUUAACGGCUCUUGCCUAUUUUGUAGCUGUAGCAUUCCCUAGUUGGCGGUAUGCUAGCAAACAUCCCUGUCCUGUCGUGGUCGACGACAUAGAAUUAGCCGUAGGUGGAACGGAAGUUAAAAAUCCAUCCUCGCUACCUUCUAAGACGUUUCCACCCAAAAGCGAAUCCUUCUCCGAAGUUCAACUUGGAAGAAGGCACAGUCAGAAGAUUCCAUCUUAUGGCCAUUGGAACAUCCAAUUUCAUCAACGUGACCCGUCUUUAGUCAAAUUUAACUAUACUAUGCCACACGGGGCCAGCGUUGGGGUGUACGGAAAGAGGAACGGUGUACCUACUCAUACGCGUUACGACUUUACAGAAAUCCUAAAUUCCAGGGAUAGGAGCUCUAAGAGAUCUGAAAAGGAUGUUUAUAGUGUACAGUUUAUACAAUUUUUGGAUCGAGGAUUAUGGUAUAUAUCGGUAUACAACGAUGGUGAUCAACAGCAGGAAAUCUCGCUUACUCCUCACCUGACAGACGAAUCCAGUUUGCCUUGUCCUUACGAUUGUCACGGUCACGGAACUUGUGUGAUGGGGAGUUGCGUUUGUAAUCCCGAUUUUGCUGGGGAUUCUUGUGCCUAUAGAGUGUGUCCUAUCCUGUGUAACGGAAGAGGGCAAUAUUUAGCAGGUGAAUGCAUCUGCAGUCCUGGAUGGAAAGGCAAAGACUGUCAAUUGAGGGAGGACGAAUGCGAAAUUCCUGACUGUAGUGGCCAUGGUGAUUGCUUAGAAGGCGUCUGUAGAUGCUUUCCAGGAUAUAAAGGAGUUCACUGCGAAGAAGUGGACUGUUUGGAUCCCGAGUGUUCUGGACACGGGACGUGUGUGCGAAGCAUGUGUGUAUGUAGAAAAGGAUGGAAGGGUGCAGACUGUAGUGAACCAGAUAGCGAUGCUCUCAGAUGUCUACCGGAUUGUAGUGGACACGGUCAGUUCGAUUUAGAGUUACAGAGAUGCAUCUGUGACGAAAGGUGGACGGGUCUAGAUUGCUCUCAAGAAAAGUGCGACUUGGAUUGCGGUCCUCACGGUAGAUGCCAGGGUGGAGAAUGCGUUUGUAUAGAUGGUUGGGAAGGUGCUAAAUGCGACGAAAGGCUGUGCGAUCCGAGAUGUCUGGAACACGGUCAGUGCAGAAAUGGUAGUUGUUUGUGUAUUCAAGGUUGGAACGGUCGACACUGUACUAUAGAGGGUUGCGUACGUAACUGCAAUAACCAUGGCGACUGCAUUCUACUAGAAGAAGAGUGGCAAUGUCAAUGCGAAGUGGACUGGGACGGCAUAGACUGUGGCAUACCUCUAGAGAGAGUAUGUGAUGACAUGCUGGACAAUGAUAACGAUGGUUUAGUCGAUUGUGCCGAUAGUGAAUGCUGCAACGACAAAGCCUGCGAAAACAACCCACUGUGCUUCUCUGCCACAGACCCUCUCGACAUUCUUUUGAGAAAACAACCCCCCGCCGUGACAGCUUCGUUCUUUCAAAGAAUGCAGUUUCUGAUCGAAGAAGAUUCCGUACAGAGUUAUGCCCACAAGAAUGCUUUUAACGACAGUCUGUUUUGGAGUCGUUUUAACUCUAGUCGUGCCUCUGUGAUCCGUGGUGAAGUGGGAAGUCCUUCGGGCAGUGGACUGAUGGGCAUCAGAGUUGGUGUUGCUAGCGAUCCCUUGUUUGGUUUUACUGUCACCAGAGAAACUGGAUGGUUCGACUUGAUGGUAAAUGGAGGCGGUGCAGUUAAACUUCAAUUCCAAAGAGAGCCGUUCACACCACACGAGAGAACGGUAGUCGUGCCUUGGAAUGAAAUCGUCGUCAUUGAUAAAGUCACCAUGAACCUGAAAGAAGAAAAGGUGAUGGAAUUUAAAUCACCAGUUUGUAUGGAACACGAUUACGACGUCAUGAAACCAGUUGUUCUUGCCACCUGGAAGCACGGAUUUCAAGGUGGUUGUCCGGAAAGGAACUCCAUUUUAGCUGAAUCACAAGUCGUACAAGAAAGUCUGGCUAUUCCUGGUACAGAAUUGUACCUAGUUUACCACAGCAGCCGAGUCGGGGGCUAUCUGUCCACCAUUCAACUGCAGCUGACACCAGACGUCAUUCCUCCCACACUGCGGAUGGUACACUUAAGGAUAUCGAUCGAGGGAAUACUUUUCGAAAAAAAAUUCGAAGCCGAUCCAGGUAUCAAGUUCACUUACGCCUGGAAUCGUAGGAACGUCUACAGACAGAAAGUAUACGGAAUUGCCAGUGCUACAGUCCACGUUGGUUAUGAAUACGCAACGUGUCCUCAAAUAAUUUGGGAAGUGCAGACAACGCAAGUUAGUGGACACGAUAUGAGUAUAUCAGAAAUAGGAGGUUGGAAUUUAGACAUACAUCACCGUUACAACUUUCACGAAGGAAUUUUACAAAAAGGAGACGGAAGUAACAUCUAUCUAAAAAAUAAACCUAAAGUUUUGAUCACAACAAUGGGUGACGGGCAACAAAGACCUCUUCAUUGUGCCCAAUGCAACGGGGUGGCUAGUCACCAAAGAUUGUUGGCACCCGUGGCCUUGACUAGUGCUCCGGAUGGUAGCAUCUAUGUGGGGGACUUCAAUCUUAUCAGGAGAAUAAUGCCAGAUGGUCUAGUGACUACCGUUGUAGAACUCAGUGCUGCCCAAGUCGCAUACCGAUAUCACCUGGCAGUGGCACCGUCUACGGGAAAAUUAUACAUUUCUGAUCCAGAAAGGCACCAAAUAUUGCAGGUAGUUGCACUUUCUGAUAUUCCUAAUAUCAAAGACAAUAUUGUGCCUAUCAUUGGAAACGGAGGCAAAUGUCUUCCAGGUGAUAAGUUGCUAUGUGGAGAUGGAAGAGCAGCUAAAGAUGCUAGAUUAGCUUAUCCCAAAGGUAUAGCCAUUUCACCACAGAAUGAGAUAUACAUUGCAGAUGGAACUAAUAUAAGAAUGGUGGACAAGAACGGAAUCAUUCACACUCUGAUAGGCGAUUACUACCACAAAAGCCACUGGAAACCAAUACCUUGUGGAAGAACCGUUACUCUAUCUCAAGUAAAUCUUCGAUGGCCAACCGAACUGGCUAUAAAUCCUUUAGAUGGUUCUCUUCAUAUCUUGGACGAUCACAUGAUUUUGAAAGUGACACAGGAUAAGAGGCUAAAGGUCGUAGCCGGAAGACCAUUGCAGUGUCCCUCUCUUGCACCCAGUCGUGAUAAAAGUGAUCUAGCCACGGAAAUAUAUCUAGAAUCACCUCAAGCUUUAGCUUUUGCACCCAACGGAGAUCUGUACUUAGCAGAAAGUGAUUCUCAAAUGGUAAAUCGAGUUAGAGUCAUAGGUAGUGACGGAAAGAUUUCUAAAUUCGCUGGAGCAGAAUCGAAAUGUAGCUGUUUGGACAUCAAUUGCAAAUGUUUCGAAGAAGAUCACUUUCUGGCUGCCACUUCCAAAUUAAACACCAUCUCUUCCAUAACCGUAACAGCUGAUGGAUUGUUACACAUAUGUGAUCAGGGAAAUCUACGCAUUAGAUCCGUAACAGCUUCCCUCCCACAACCCAACGAGUCGAACGAAUUCGAGAUUUAUGCACCCGAAACCCAAGAAGUAUACAUCUUCAAUCGACACGGCCAACACAUAUCCACCAAGAAUAUUCUCACGGGGAAAGUCACCUAUACAUUCUUCUAUAACGUCAACACCAGUUUUGGAAAAUUAAGCACAGUCACUGAUGCGGCCGGAAACAAAAUCUAUAUCCUUCGCGAUUAUAGCAACCAGGUAAACACUAUAGAGAACACUCAAGGUGGAAAAUGUCGACUGGAGAUGUCGAGGAUGAGGAUGCUUCAGAGCUUCACUACACCGUACAAUUUCAAGACGAUAUUUGAUUAUCACGGUAGUACGGGAUUAUUAAGAAGCAAGAUCGACAGCUCUGGAAAAGCUUAUAUGUACAGUUACGACGAAUACGGUCGAUUGAUAGAAGCUGUAUCGCCCAGUGGACAGACAAUUAGACUAGGUUACAAUCUGAGUAUCAAAGGAGCAUCUAUAACAGCUUCGAGAGAUACCAGCAACCCUGUAUCACUUCUGAUUAAAGGAUCGGACGUUACGACGAAAAUAGGUCAAGCCGAAGAGAGAAUCACACAAUAUCCAGAUGGAAGUCUUAUUGUUGCUCAUCAAGAUUCGACAAUCAUGGAAAUAGAGACGGUUCCUAGUCCAGUUUUAGCAGAUUUAAGUCCAUUAGUUGGCGAAAUCUAUCCGGUUCCUGCCAAACUUAAAGCCACUCUAAGCGAAGAUUCCGUGAGAAGAUUCGAAUGGCGUUACUACUUAAGGAAAGAAGGAAAAGGAAAAAAUCGACAGAUAACUCAAGUAGGAAGGAAAAUGAAGGUAAACGGGGAGAUUCUAAUAAUGGUAGAGUUCGAUCGCAACAAACAUUUCGAGACUGUUUACGAUAAGAACCAGAUACCUUUAGUGUCCAUACACUACGACCCUCAGGGUCAUCAUCCCAUACAAUGGCAACCGAGUCAGAACGUAACGGGAGUCAAGUUAGAAUACGAUAAAUUCGGUCGUUUGGCCAGGUGGGAGAGAGGAGCACUUUUCGAACGUUACCUGUUCGACAUUCAAGGUAGAUUGGCGGAAAUUAGGUAUUCUGACGAAACGGGAAUCAUGUACAAGUAUGAAGAGGGACCCAUCAAUCUGCCCUCGGAAAUUAUACUUCCGAGCGGGAGCAGGUAUGUUCUUCAGUAUGACACCAGUGGAAGUCUUCAAGCUGUCAUAACACCUAAUGGACAUAAACAUGAAAUUGCAACUCAGACGUCCAUAGGAUUCUAUAAACUUCUGUACCUAUCUCCGGGAGUUAAACAUCCUUACGUCUUGCAAUACAACGAUCAAGGCCAAAUUUUGGCAAAAUUGUAUCCGAAGAACAGAGGGAGGGUUGUGUAUCACUAUAACGACGACAGCCGUUUGCAGACCGUGUUCUGUGGCGAAGAGAGGACAGAUUACCAUUAUUACGAGCAGAGUGCAUUGCUGAAGAGUGUUUCUAGAAGUGUACCAGAUCUAGAUACCAGAGUGGAUUAUAGAUACCACGGUUCACUACUGAAGGAAGAGAAACUCAGGUAUAACAGCAGGAGCGGUUUAGAUGGUGCAAAAUUUAGAUACAGGUACGAAAGUAAAUUAACCACAGUCGAAGUUGAGGUGAAUGGAAAGUCCACUAUGGAAACUAGAUAUAGAUACAACACAGAAACUGCUGUAUUAGAACAAGUGCAACAGUUCCUAGUUCAUAGACCAAAAAUUAAUAGCAUCUUCAUCCAGGAUGACAUGAGACAUUAUUCCAAAACCAUAGGUUUGGAUGUUUAUGGAAGAAUCGUUGUUUUGGCAGUUACAUUAUGGAAUAAGGAGAUAUUUUCUCUAUCCCUAACCUACGAUAGCAGGAGUAGAAUUAAACAAUCUCAAACUAAAAUAGGCAGAGACGGUGGCUCGGUUCUUACUAAUUAUACUUACACAGUAGAUGGAUUUUUGGAAGAGGUGAAUAAUAAUGACGUCUGGAAAUUUAUUUACGACAUUAAUGGUAACAUGAAGAGUGUUUGGGAAGGGAAGAGGCAGGUGUCUUUAAGAUACGACGAUGGGGAUAGGUUAAUAGGUUACGGUGAUGUGGAAUUAUACGUUGCAGAUGUUCGCGGUUUCGUAGUACAACGUGGAGAAGAAAAGUUUCGUUUCAACGCUAAAGGGCAACUUACACACGCUUUCGAACUGCAUCAAUACGAAGUUCACUAUUAUUACGACACUUCGGAACGUCUGUCGGCUCGUCGAGAUCAUAGAGGAAACAUAACUCAGUUCUUCUAUACUGAUCCCAAGCAUCCCGCUCACGUAACUCACAUACACUAUCCCAAGAAUGGAAUCACUUUUGUGCUAAUUUACGACACCAAUUCCCAUCUGAUGUACAUGCAGCAAGGAAACAACAAAUAUUACGUAGCCAGCGACCAUCUCGGAACACCUUUAGCCGUAUUCAAUUCUGAAGGAAAGUUGGUGAAGAAGGUAUUCAGAACCCCAUUCGGGAAGGUGAUUUCCGACUCCAAUCCAGACUUCGCCCUCCCUGUGGAUUUUCAAGGUGGUCUCCGCGAUCCUCUGACUCAACUAGUUCAUUACGGAAGUCGUGUUUACGACCCUCUUUGCGCUCAAUGGUUGACCCCCAAUUGGGAAGAAGUUCCUCAACUUCUGAAGAAGCCUUAUAACAUUCAUCUUUAUCGUUUUCAUGGUAAUGACCCUAUUAAUCAAGCCAACACGGAACGUCAUCUGACAGAACUUCACGAAUGGUUAUCGACGUUUGGCUUCGAUAUUUCUAAAAUGCUUCACAUACCGAGUCAAAGUGAUAAGUUGAGGAGUGUGACGAUGAGCGAAAGCCUCCCUGUUAUAUCCGGUCUCAGCUGUACGGCGGAUGUACUUCGUGCAGAAUUUGGUCAAUUUAGCACCGUCCCUAGGAAAGGAACCAAAGUUUACUCCAGUCUUUUGCCUAGUAUCAAUUCCCGAAUAGCAAAUCUCCUAUCUGUAGUCGGGGAUGGUGUACUUAUAUCUAAAAAUAGGAACAAAGCAAUCGUUCACGUGGUCAACGAAGCCAGUCCCAUCCUUCGUGACGUUAUCACUUCGGUGUUCAACGAUACUUCUAUGGUGAAUCUAUACUUUUCUCUACACGGCCAGGAUUCGUUUUAUUUUGUUCAAGAAAACAGGAAUAAGGUACAAGAAGAUUGGGACCAAUUGCAACGUUUGGGUACCAUGUUCAACGUCACCAUGCAUCCAGUCGACGGAAGCGAAGCGGUGUCUAGCAAAAUGGGUCAAGUAGACUUAAGAGUGCAUAGCACCAGCGUGAUACUUAACAUUCGUUACGGGACAACACUAAACGACGAGAGGCAACGUCUCAUACGUCACGCAAGAAGAAAAGCCGUAGAAGAAGCGUGGCAGCAAGAAGUGGAGUUGGUGAGGAAUGGUCAUCGAGGUUCUCAAGAAUGGAGCAAACAAGAGCGUGACGAACUUCUCGCAUCGGGUUUGGUAUCGAGAUACUACGGAACUGACAUACAAGAUAUAGAAAAGUAUCCACAGUUAGCAGAUGAUCCAACAAACGUGGUCUUCAGGAGGGAGAGUACGAGAAAAAGAAGAGUCAGAUCGAGAAGACCCAAAUAGGAAUCUGUCCAUCUUGAUUUCCAGAAGGAAAAAAGCAGCCUCUACUAAAUCAAACUAAGGUUCUCCAUAAUGUUGAGAGAUCGUCUGUGAUUCUAUAUAUAUGUAUAUAUAUAUAGAUAUAUAUAUAAAGCAACACUAUUGAGUGUUAUCACGUACCAAAGAACUGGUGGCCAAUUUUAAACUGCAGGGUAUAAAAAUUUCGAAACGUAAUGCGUUGCAUUGCGACCCAUUCAAGUGCAAUGAAGACUCUCUCGAUCGAGUGUUGCGGUGUAGACUUAAAUAAACCGCAACACCGUGUAUGGUUGUGUGUGAUAUGUACUGUUUGCUGCUUCCAAACAACAACAACAACAACAACAACAACAACAAACUGUAUUAUAUAUAUUCCAUGCCUUGGCAGCAAUUUGUUUUUAGAAGCUAUUUCCAAAUUUUGUUGGCUUCGUCUCGAUCGUGUUGGGUUCUUUUUUUGUGUUCUUUGUAUUGUUGUAAGUGUCUCAACAAUUCCAAAAGAUACAUUCGUACGAAUUAUCAUGCACAGGAAGAUGAAGAAGUAAUGAAAAAAAUUAACGAUGAUAAUCAUAUAUCGUCUCAAUUUAAUGAUUUAUGACUACAUUAAAAAUUUUAAUAUUUAAAAAAUAAAUAAAAAUAAAAUAAAAUCGAGAAUUGUAAAGUUUGGUAUGAAAAAUAAUAGAAAAAAAAAAGAAAUAUAUAAACAAAGAUGAAUUGCAAGUGCCUUAUCGUUAUUCUUUCACCAUUGCCCUUCUAGGAAUCAAUGUUUGCACUUGCCGUAAGAGUAAAGUUUCGUGGGGGAUAGGACAGGUGCCAAAUAUGGAGCCAUCUUUGAUCCUAUCCUAAUCUAAAUUUCAUUAUUUGUCUCGUGUCCCCGUGGUGGUGACACUUUUCAAUGUUAAUGUAUACGGACAAUGGAUUUGUACUUACAGGAAUCCAGGGCCUGGAUAAUACUCAGAACGAAAAAUAAAAUUGCUUGUCACAUAAU